AUGGAGACACAAACACAUUUUGUGCAACCAGCCUCAGAGGGGCCAGAAAUUCCCAAUGUUCAACCAGCUCUAGCGGGGCCAAAAACUCCGAAGGUUCAAGCAGCUUCAGAGGGGUUCAACCAGCUUCUGAGGGACCAGAUCUUCCCAAAGUUCAUACUUUCAAAGGGGCCAGAUCUUCCCACGGUUCAAACAGCUUCUGAGGGGCCAGAUCUCCCCAAGGUUCAACCAGCUUCUGAGGGACCAGAUCUUCCCAAAGUUCAUACUUUCAAAGGGGCCAGAUCCUCCCAAGGUUCAACCAGCUUCAAAGGGGUCAGAUCUUCCCCAGUUUCAACCAGCUUCAAAGGGGCCACAUCCUCCCAAGGUUCACCAGCCUCUGAGGGGCCAGAUCUCCCCAAGGUUCAACCAGCUUCAGUGGGUUCUGAGGGGCCAGACCUUCCCAAGGUUCAACUAGCUUCUGAGGGGCCAGAUCUUCCCAAAAUUCAAACAACUUCUGAGGGGCCAGAUCUUCCGAAGGUUCAACCAGCUUCAAAGGGGCCAGAUCCUCCCAAGGUUAAACCAGCCUUAAAGUAG